CCGGGGCUUUCAUUCACAGCUUUCUAGAGAAAUCUAAGCUCGAACCUGCCAGAAUAGGGGAUCUCGCCCACCCAGCUCAGCAGCGAGGACACCUGCAGAAACACAUCCUCAAAGCCAUGCUGGGCGGCCGUGUGAAGUAAGCAAUGGCCUCAGUUUUGCUUCUCUUUUGGAUGGCAACCACCACGUAGGGGUUGGAUGUCCUACUACUUUCCAGGAGCAGAAAGAAGACCCUCGAUUUGUCUAUUUUGGCAGCAGCCUGGCAGUAAAGAAACUGUUGAAUGCGCCACAGUCUCAGCAGACCUUCAGGUGAAUGGGCCCAGUCUCUUUUCUUUCAAGAUACCAGGAAUUGAGCACUUGGAAAGGAGCUUUGGCCAAGAUGACCCACUUACAGGCUGGACUCAGCCCAGAGACUAUAGAGAAAGCACGCCUGGAACUGAAUGAAAAUCCAGAUGUUUUACAUCAGGACAUUCAGCAGGUCAGGGACAUGAUCAUAACCAGGCCUGACAUUGGGUUUUUACGUACAGAUGAUGCCUUCAUUCUGAGAUUUCUCCGAGCCAGAAAGUUUCACCAAGCAGAUGCCUUUAGACUCCUGGCCCAGUACUUCCAGUACCGCCAGCUAAACCUGGACAUGUUCAAAAACUUCAAGGCGGAUGAUCCCGGCAUUAAGAGGGCUCUGAUUGACGGAUUCCCUGGAGUGCUGGAAAGCCGCGAUCACUAUGGCAGGAAGAUCCUUCUGCUGUUUGCAGCCAAUUGGGAUCAGAGUAGGAACUCCUUCACCGACAUCCUGCGCGCCAUCCUGUUGUCAUUGGAAGUCCUUAUUGAAGAUCCAGAGCUUCAGAUAAAUGGUUUCAUUUUAAUUAUAGACUGGAGCAAUUUUUCCUUCAAACAAGCCUCCAAACUGACACCUUCCAUCCUCAAACUGGCCAUCGAAGGGUUACAGGACAGCUUUCCUGCCCGCUUCGGAGGAGUCCACUUUGUCAACCAGCCCUGGUACAUUCAUGCCCUGUACACACUCAUCAAACCAUUCCUGAAAGACAAGACCAGGAAAAGGAUUUUCCUGCAUGGUAACAAUUUGAACAGCCUUCACCAGCUAAUACAUCCUGAAUUUUUGCCAUCUGAAUUUGGAGGAACACUUCCUCCUUACGACAUGGGAACUUGGGCGCGGACGUUGCUGGGUCCUGACUACAGCGACGAAAAUGACUACACUCACACUUCCUAUAACGCAAUGCACGUGAAACACACAUCCUCCAGUCUGGAAAGGCAGUGCUCACCCAAGCCGAUGAAAAGAUCUCAGUCUGUGGUAGAAGCUGGGACUCUGAAACAUGAGGAGAAAGGAGAGAACGAGAACACUCAGCCGCUCCUGGCUCUGGACUGAACCCCCCAGUCACCCAGAUGCCCCCCACAUCGCCAGCCUUCAGUGCUAUCAGCCACCCAGGAAGCACAUGAGCAACUGACCUACACAGACACGUGCGUUCAGCUCGACACAGGCCUCCACUUCUGCCACCCAGUAAGAAUUGUCACCGUCCUCCGUCUGGGCAGCCAAAGUUGAACAAAGACUUGGGAGAUUUUUUUUUUUGUUCCCCCAGUGAGGGGAUUGGCAGAUCAUACAAGGCAUUGGUGUAAACACAAUCCCCCCACCCCCCCCAUAUUUAUGGUACUAGGUGGAUUGAAGAAAGAAAACCUAAAUUUGAUACACACAUGCAUUAGGACAAGGAUUUUCCCAAGGCAUCAUACAGAGAUCCUCUCCAGUUUUUGCAAAUUAAGACUAAGUGCAUUUUUAAGUAGAUACAUCAGAGUUAAACUGUGCAUAGUUGUUCAAUGUAGCGUAAAGCCCUGGGGCAAGAGUAGCUCCAGUAAUUUCCAUUCUGAUUGAAUUUCUUUCUUUGACCUCAUCACCAGCAUCCAAUUGUUCCACCUAAGAGUAUGUUCUCACUGCGGCCGCUCUUGACAGAGUUGGCUUAUUGUGAUAUCCUGCAAAAGUGAUUUUGACGUCACAUCCUUUAACAGGACACCAGCUGACUGGCAUAGCUGAUGUUAAAAGAAGACACAUAGCAUUUGAAAUACGAUUGUUUCAUUUUAGCAGUGUGGUUUCCCACAGGCAGCCCUAACGCCUGAGAGUCCACUGUGUGUCUGAGGAGAGAGAGGAAUCUCCCUGAACAUACAGUCAGUGGUUAAUGAAUCCAUUCGAGUUGCCUCACUUGGGUCACUACAGCACAAGAAUGUGCUAUCAAACCAUUUAACCCCCAACCCUCCCGCAAUCGGUUAAUGGUAUUGCUGACAGGGUAGAGAUUCUGUAGUGGUGGAAGACCCUUACUUUUGAAGGAAUGGCUAAGUGUGCAAGAACUGAAAGUGAGAGAAGGCUAAGAAUGCAGGAUGUAAUGCCAAAGAUCAUUUUUAUUUCUUUAGAAAUGGCAUCCCCAUCCACCCAUUCAAAGGGAAUUAGAUACAAAAUAAACUGAUGUCAUAGGAUAUGAUAGCCUUACUUGUGCCAUGUUUUCCAAAAUCAGUUGUAUGUUUUUAGAUAUCUCUUGGUCUCUGAGCCGUCUGCACGACAUGGGCAUUUAUUCACAUGAUGAGUUGGCACUCAAUGUCAAGUGGAAAAUAUGAUUUUACAUUCUAAGCAUUGAGGAAGGUUAAGUUGUUAGUUGAACAAGUCACAGGAAAUAGGUGGUUCGCCUGGUCAUAACACCCCCAAUAGAUAGUAUUGCUAAUUGUACCAUUUUUCACAUCUCUUUCUCAAUGGAUCUAAUGUUCUAAUUUUUUUCUACUGGUAGAGAAAAAUAACAAGUAAUUUUUAUAUUCCAGUACACUCUUGAUGAAAUAAAAUUGAAGUAGAAUUAAAAAUACUUCUCAAGCAACUGCAUCAUAGUAUAAAUAAAACCAAUUCAUUUUGUGUAGGCCCUUCAAAUCACAAAACAGUAAUACUGAAAUAAUUCAUGGAAAUACUUGUCUUAAAUUCCAAGAUGUAGGGAAGAAAGAGGAACUAAAGUAAAGUAGGAAAUCCAUUUCAUUAUCUGGAUUUACAAUCCAAGAAUUAAUUAUUGCCAACACUUUGCAACAGUAAUAAUAAUUCUGGCUUUUCAGUUGACACUAUUUAGAAUCCUACUGUAGUGACCAAAGUUUCAAUACCAUAUUAUAUUUACUAAGCUAAGAGCUAGUUUUUACUUUAUCCCAUAAUUUCUGUAAAUGAAUGUAAGAUGAUGGUUCAGCCAUUAAAAUUUCUGUUUGAAUUUUCUUUCUGCAUAUGCAAUAUACAUCCGAGAACCAAAUUCAAGAAGCAACGUGAAUGUUACUUCAAGAACAUUGGAUUGUAUCGUCCUUUGUCCAGUCAUUUCCUCUGUUCAAUAAAUCCUGAAGGACACAAAUACCUUUUUGCUUUUUCAGGAGUUUCCUUUUUCUUCUGGAUUUUGGUAAUUAACUUUGAUAUUUUUCCUCCCAUGCCUCUUCAUCUGUUUUAGUGGGAUUUUUGAAUACUGGCAAAACAGAAGGGAACAGGACAAAUAUUUUGCAGACUCUUCUACUGGAAGCAAAUGUCCUUAAGGUUGACCAGCAAGAAGGGUCAAUUUGAAUCAUAAAUAACUGUUUUUUAAGAGAGAGAAAGAAAGCCUUCUCCUUUGUUGUUGGAUGGAAAAGAAAGCACAAGUGUUUUCCCUACUUGUGAAUGAAAUUUCGUAAACUAUGUGCCAUUUCUUCAUCAUUUCUGUUCAUACUGGCUUAGAAUUCAGUGCAUGAAUAUCAUUACAUUCUUAUAGCCAACAUUUCGAGUUAGCUUUCAUUCAAAAAAGACAAAACUGAAUGAAUUUAUACUUCACUACAUUAACGACUUGAUCAUCUUUGGAAUGAGUAGGCAAGAUCAUUUUUCAAAUGUUAUUUCUAUGUUGUGGGUAAUAUUAAAACUAACU